CUCGAACACGCGCAGUCAGACGCCGAGGGUUUGUUGACGCUUCGUGGACGCGACUUUUCUCUCAUUUCGUCAGUUUAUCUUCUUUUUACGCCUUUUGACUCCGUUCGGGCUUCACCAUGGAGAAGAUCCCGCUCAAGUUGAAGCUGAAGCUGGGAAGCGGAGGGCCGUCCACCCCAGAGCAGAAGAAGUCAUCCCCAGUGCACCCCACCAUCAUUUCGAACAUGGCGGAAGAGGACCAGAGCCAACCCCUGUCCGACGAGGAGGUGGAGGAGGAGGAGUGCGCUGAGGAUGGACAGGGUGAGGAGGAGCAGACAGCUGAGGAGGAAGGCAGGUCACGGUCUAGGCAUUCCCACCAUGAUGAAGGAGCAAGGGAGAAGCAUAAGAAAUCCAAGAAGAAGAAGAAGAAGAAGGAGCGCGAGAAGGACAAGGAAAGGCACAAGCACCGACACCACAGGGAGAAGGCAGAGGAGGAGAUAUCAGACGAGCCCCCAAGCAAGAAGCAGCAUGUGGACGUGUCUGUGAGCAGUGCGACCUCCAAAGAUCUGGUCCAGGGCAAGGGCAAGAAUGUUUCUACCGCUCUCAAUCAAUUACUGGAAUGUCUCCUGAAGCAGUUGGAGAAGAAGGAUCCCCAGCAGGUGUUUGCAUGGCCGGUCACAGAUGCCAUUGCCCCAGGGUACUCCUCCAUCAUCUCCCAGCCCAUGGACUUCUCAACCAUGAAGCAGAAGAUUGAGGAUGACUGCUACACCACACUUAAGGAGUUUGAGUCUGACUUUGAGCUGAUGUGCAACAACUGCAUGACCUACAACCAGCAAGACACCAUCUACUACAAGGCGGCCAAGAAGCUACUCCACAUUGGACUCAAGAUCAUGGCUCCGGAGAAAGUGCUGUCCCUCAAGCGCGAGCUUCCCAGCAUGACGACCCUGUCCAAAGAGCAGCUUGGCUUUGACGUAAAUCCACUGCCCUCUAGUGGUGGGGAGAUGGAGAUGGCAGCAGAGGUGGAGCAGGAAGAGUCCAUGGAAGUGGAUGUGGAUAGCAAGGAGCCUCAGAGUAAAUUUGAAGCAGUCCAGGAUGACAUGACCUCAGAGGAGAUCCUGGAGCAAGUGCAGACGGCAGCAGGAGAGGCGGCAGAAAAGUUGACCCUGAAGAAGCCAGCAAGCACAGUGAGUCUCGGCUUCCUGCGCCAGCGAGGAGACGGAACGACCACCCUGAGCUUCCUGACGGGCUGCGAGGGCAAUGACCCGAACCUGAAGGAGAAGCCUGUGAGUUUGGGGCUCCUCACCGGAAAGCUCACUCAAGGGUCCUCAACGCUUCAUAACUACAGGGACGACAAGAGAAAUAUGGCUAAACCAGUGAAACCCCUUUAUUAUGGGUCCUACUCAUCAUUUUGUCCAUCCUAUGACUCUACCUUUGCCAAUUUAACCAAAGAGGAGAGUGAGAUGGUGUAUGCAACCUAUGGCAAUGAAACCGCUGUUCAGUAUGCAGAGAGCAUCUGUGACUUCUCCCAAGACUGCGACAUGGCCAUGCACUUAGUCGACCAACUGCUGAACCUCCUGACUCACCAGCAACAUUCCCGCACCAAGAGUGUAAUUGAGGAGCGUCGGCGCAUGCAGGAGGAAGAGGAACGCAUCAACUCUCUGCUCUGCCCAUCAGGAGAGAUGGGAUCCCAAUAUGCAUCUGCAGACCAAAAGGGUAACAGCACUGUAGACUUCAGUGCACUGAGGACUCUUUCAGAUCUUGGAAUUGAUACAAAUUUCUUAGGAGAGUUUGAGGAAAUGGAGAAGAGAGAGAGUGUGAUAAACAGUCAGCUGGAGGAGAAUGCCAACCUCCUUGAAAGCCUUGCCAAGGAACAGAAGGAGCGUCUGUCGCGCCCGGCCCCCACCAACCUCAACAACGUACCUAAUCCAAGCUCAAAGGAACUGAAUCUUGUUGAAAAAGUAACAGAUGGCCUGACAAUGGUAGCAAAGCAGGUAACCCCAGGAGCACUGGCACCUGUGCCCAUUGUACGAAGAGCCAUGGGCAUCACCAUGCACCCAGUCACUUCCGAACCCAGUGAGCAGAUUGAGGUGGAUAUAGAGGGAACCUCAUCACAGGAGGAAGCCACACCUCCACCCUCAGGCAGCAAUGGAUCGCAGGGUGACCAAAAGAACGGCAGCACAGACCUGGAGUCGCAGCUGCGGCACAUUCUUAACCAGACUGAUGCCACUUCGCCGCCCCCGGUGGUCCAGGGCUCCACUGAUAUGACUGAUAAGAAACUGAAGGAAAUUCUGGGAAAUUGAUGCUAGGAAAUAUUUAUGUCAAUAUAUAUCAGAUACUUAGCAGUAGCCUUUCUGUAAAUGUAGCUGUGUGUCCAUCAGGAAACUAUGGAUAAGGGCUUUGUGAAUGUAAUCUCAGUGAAGGUCAUGUGUAUGUACUUUUUAAUUAUUAUUUAUGAGUUUUAAAUAUGAAAUGUGCAUUUCUAUGUUAUAGUAUAUUUUAUGUUGAUAAUGAUUUUUUGUAAUUAAUGUACGAUUAUAAAAUUUUAUGAGAAA